CAUAACUCGAUCUUUCCUUAAACAGCAAAAAAAAAAAAUAUUUUUCCUUUUUUUCCCCUCCAAGUAUUUGUAGAUAUAUAGCUAUAGCCUAUAUAUACUUACUUAUGUCGUUAUCAUCAUCAAUUAAAAUAGCUGCAGAAGAGAGUGUUUGCCAUCCAUAUUUAUGGCCGGUAAAAGAAACACCGCCACAGCCGGUGGCGGCGGUGGUGGUGAGGGUUUACGAUAAAAUGAGGGAUAAGACGGCGGUGGUGGAGUUGGAGAGACGCUGUGAGGCUGGCAAACAAGGGAAGCCAUCGGUUGUGACUGACAUUAUGGAUGAUCCGACCGCCCGAAUAGCCAACUUCCCUUCUCGCGUUAUGCUGGUUGCUGAGUACGGAUACAAUAGAGAAAUUGUUGGUGUAAUAAGGGGUUGCAUCAAAACCGUAACAACAGGGAAACACUGCAACGAGUUUCCUGUCUACGUAAAAUUGGCUUGCGUUCUUGGAUUGAGAGUUUCGCCUGCGCACAGGCGGCUUGGAAUCGGUGCGAAACUAAUUCAGCAUCUGGAAUUGUGGUGUAAAGAAAAUGGAACUGAUUAUGCAUAUAUGGCCACAGAUUGUAGCAAUCAGCCUUCUCUAAAUUUGUUCACUGUAAAAUCCAACUACAUCAAGUUUAGGAGCCCUACAGUUCUAGUUCAACCUGUUCACGCUCACUACAAAACCCUAAGCUCGAAAACAUCAUUGAUUCGAGUCCCUCCCGAUCUUGCCGAACCAAUGUAUCGUCGAAUUUUCGCUAACUCGGAGUUCUUCCCAAAGGACAUUGACAUAAUCCUCAACAACAAACUUAACCUAGGAACUUUCAUGGCCAUUCCAAAAAGUGUGCUUUCGAGUUGGGAUCCUAAAUUAGGGACAUUCCCAUCUAGCUUUGCGAUACUAAGUAUAUGGAAUGCUAAAGAAGUGUUCAAGUUAAAGGUUAAGGGCGUGUCAUCGCUGAAAUACGCCUGCAGUGUAGGAAGUAGGGUGUUGGAUUCACUUCUUCCUUGUUUAAGGCUACCUUCCAUUCCUGAUGUUUUUCACCAUUUCGGGUUCUAUUUUUUAUAUGGACUUCAUAUGGAAGGUAAUGAUGGUUCCAGCCUGAUGAAGUCACUUUGUGAAUAUGCUCACAAUUUGGCAAGGGAUGAUAGGGGGAUUAGGAUAUUGGUUGCUGAAGUGAGCCAGAAUGAUCCUGUUAGAGAUGCAAUCCCACAUUGGAAAAGGUUUUCAUGGGAUGAUCUUUGGUGCAUUAAGGAACUGAAUGCAGCAAAGGGAAGAGAAAACAGCUCAAAAGUUGAAGCCGAAGCAUGGAUUAGAUCUAGGGCUUCGGUUACUUUUGUUGAUCCGCGCGAUCUGUAAGAGGUUUCAUUAUCAUUUCAAUUGUAUAUCCCUAAGAUUAAUUGUUAGCUUGGAAAGAAAACAGCACUAUCGUAUAGUUCUAGUACUGUUUAUCAUUCUGCAACAAUGUGCUUUCUGUUUUCCAACUAAUUUUAAGAACAUGUCCCUUUAUUCUGCA